AUGGCACGAAGAAACACAGGCAACGAGGAAAGCGACCCUGGCGUAAUCGGUUUCCAAGCCCAAACCCAACUGGUUCAGCUGAAGAAAGAAAGGAAUGACCGCAUGUCUGAGAUUGUGCAGGAGACAGCCACCGAAAUGGCCAACUUGCGCUCUCGCGUUGUCGCAUUUCAACAAGACCAACGUGCCACAGAACUCGAUGCCAUUGCUUCUGCCAUCACCAGGGUUAUCGAGGCUAUUGAGCGCAGGAAAGUCAUCGAACAGCAGAUGGAGACACUCGUCGAUCAAGUUACCUCUACAACCCGGGUAGUGGAGGACAUGAUGAAGUCAAGCUUCAAGGGUAGAGAAGAUAAUGCUAGGAAGGCAAGAUAG